CAAAAUUUAAAAUACAUUUUUUGUUCUAGAGUAUUGUUUUGGGAGGACUUGCGAUCAUGUUGUAUUUCAUAAUCAAAAAACAAAAUUCAGUUCAGAGUUCAGAGUUUGAUCAAAUGAAGAGUUUAGAAGACUUACUCAAGGAAGUUAAAACUAGAAUUGGAGUAACUAGAACCAGUUGGCAGAUAAAAUUAGACAGGGCCUCUCUAACCAUCGUUGGUCAUUUAGAAUAUAUGUUUGCUAUAGCUGGUCAAGCGGCUAAAACUUUUCAAGAUGAAACGGGAGAGUCUGUGGACUUUGUUCUGGAAAAAUCUCUGGAAAAAAUAAAAAAUAUUAUGUUUACAAAGGAAAUGCAAGAAGCACUUGAUACGAUAUCAUCAUCUAUAGAAAAGUUGAAACAAUUUGAUCUUGAGGCUAAACAAUAUGGUAGUCCGUUGUUCUUGCUGUUCGCCAUUUUGAAGCGGGUUCAGGCUGACAUCAUGCGAGAGCAAGCAGAGAACCUAGCGGACGAAAACGAAACUACUUUUUUACCAAACCAAAUAUUCUCUAUGAAGCGGAUUGGAAACUAUGCUUUAAAUGUUUAUGAUGCAUCCUGGGCCCUUACCAAACAUGGGAUAGCAAAGACUAUGUUGAUAGAAGAAGAAGACAUUCUCUACACUUGGUUCAAGGACGAAUCCCAAGAAGCGCACUGUCCAAAAUUCAUCCUAUUUAAAGAUGAUGAGCUUGAAUCAAUUAUUCUUUCUAUUCGAGGAACUUUUAGUAUAAAGGAUGUAGUAACUGAUGUAGUUUGUGUAGAUCAACCAUUUUUAGAUGGGCACGCUCACAAAGGUCUGGUAAAAGGUGCACUUCAGAUAAUUACUCUAGUUCAAGAAUCAUUGAAAUCUGCAGUUCAGAACCAUCCAGGAUUUAAGGUAGUACUGACCGGCCAUUCGUUGGGAGCAGGUACAGCGGAGCUGAUCUACCUGGAGUUAACACUGGGAGCUAGCAGUAAUAUUCUUCCUCCAGGAACAAAAGUUGAAUGCCUAGCACUAGCGCCGCCUCCAGUAUACCGAAGCUCCACAGAACUUCCUGAUAAAGUGCAGGAUUCAAUUAAAAUCAUUAUUUUCAACAACGACCUAGUCCCAAGACUGAGUUUAGGAAACAUUGCAAACCUUCUGGUUAAGUUGAGAAGUCUGGAUGAUUUAAACAUUCCAAUAAUCUCUCUAAUUUCCAUUCUCAUCAAUAAAAUCAGUAAAGAAGAAGAGGAACAUCUGCAAGGGAUCCGUGAUACUUUAGAAAAGGCUCAGCAGACCCAGUUUCCACAUUUACAGCACCCGGGGCGGAUUCUUCACUUUAAGCGAAUAAAACAACAAAUAAGACCAAGAAGUGAGGAUUCCUCAAUAUUUUCAACGACAAUUCUGCUACUGGAGGGGUCUGAAAACCUCCUAACAACCAUAGAUUUUACAAUUCAUGGGAAGGAUAACCACUAA